GGACUGAGCGGUCCCACACUGCAGCGCCUGCCAGAGCCCACCAGCAUUUCCGGCCUCAGCUGUCCCCUCGGCAGCAGCUCCAGAGCUGGGGUGGCCCUGGUUCCCCGGGCAGCCACGUCUCCUUCAUGGCCCCCACAGAAGCCAUGUAGGGCUCAUUGGCUUCUCUUUCUAGUGUGAACGUCAGUGGUGGGACGGGCACCUGUGUGUUGGCCUCUUAGGCUGCUCCUUGCCCUCCAUGCUCCCUGCUGAGCCCUUUCAGCCACUCCUGUUCCCACACCACGGCCCUGCUGUCCCCACACAGCACCAGCAGUUGCAGAGACCGAGUGACUUGCCAGAGGCCACGCGGGAUGUCAGUGGUGGAGACCAAAGGGACUUCUGCAUGGGUGGGAGAGGCCACCCUGGAGGGCCGUGGCUUGUCCUCUCCCAUGGUUGCUCCCUGGGAUGUUUGUGUCCCCUGGUCCUGGGCUGUCCUGUCACCAGCACUAUGGGAGCAGAGCAGAGGGACGCAGUCCCAGAGCGGUUGGGCAAAGGAGCCCAGCUCACUGUUUCCCACUGGUGGGGCUGGUACCCCACUGGGUGUGCAGGGGGCUGUAUGGGACAUCCCUCCACAAUGGCAUCCCCCACCAGGACAGUCAUGGCCCCCACCGGUGGCGCCCCAGCCCAUUGCCCGCCCCAGCCAGGCUUCCCUCUGCCCACACACUGCAGGCUCAGCUCACAGACCAGGCGUGCUGGGGAGGGACCCUGUGUGCGCUCAGAGGUGUGGGCUGGGAGAGUUGAGCCUCUCCCAGUCAUGCUCCUAAGUCACCGCAAUGUGAAGGAGAUUAAAUUCACCCUAAGGGCAUUCCGUGGCUGCAGUGGGGUUACUGCUGGUUGCAGCGUCACUGAAAUUAAAACUAACACCCUGCCUGGCCCCAGGAGAGCUGCAGUCAAGGGGUCUUUAAUGUCAUGCCAAGGACAGGGCUGGUGGUCCCCAGGAGAUGCUGCCUGCCAGAGCAGAUGGAGAAGCAUGGCAGGAUGAUGGGGGACACACAGUUUCCUGCUCAUUCCCUUCUCCCUUACCCCAAACCUGGGAAAUGUCCCCUCUGUGGAGAGACAAGCUUCUCAUCUUGUCUUUUCUACUCGAUGCUCCUCUUCUUCCCACCACAGAUGUGUGGGGCACUGCAGCUCCCAAUGGCUCUUGGCAGCUCCCUGAAAAAUAUUCAUCCAGGAGCUGUGGGUGCUGCCCCAAGCCGCUUGGUCCCAUUUGGUGCCUGGCAGGGACGGGUAUGUCCCCACGGCUGCACCAGCAGCUCCGUGUGCCCAGCAGUGCCAGUGCAGAGGCAGGGCACGCUCAGCCAGCGUCCUCCCUGCCGCGAAGGCAGCUGAUGCAGGCAGAAAUUCAAGGCAUCUUUUAGAGCAAAAGAGACUUUUUCAUCCUGCUGAGCAUUGUUUGCUGUCUGGUGGAUGCCCAGCAAAACCCUGCCCUGUUGCAUUUGCCAUUUUGGAGCUGGGCGUUCGGCGAGCAGCUUGAUUUCACAGUGGGCCUCGUCAGCUGGAGGAAGCAAGAAAUGAAAGCAGAGCCUUUCCUGCCGUCGGAGCGGGUGGACGCCCCUCGGCCCUCUGGUUUGCAGGUUUGCUCCUCUCUGCCCUCACUUUGCCAUGCUUCUGUAGAGGUAUUUUCUGUGCCCAGGCCACUCAUUUUGCUUCGCCUCUGUUUUGCUCAGGUGCUUUAGCUCAAGCAUAGCUCCAAACAAGGCUGCUCGACUCUAUUUUUAUAUAUAUAUCUAUCUUAAUUUCCUCUUCUUCAGUCCUGCUGCAUUUGAGAGAUGUGUUUUCAAGUCAGUGCUGUGUUAAGAACCCCUCCAAAUGGAGCAGUAACUGUGGGCCCAUCACUGAAGACUGAUGAAUGGAUUGAAAUGGAGCAAAAUUCAGGGGGGUUUGCCCCUCGUAAUCUCCAGGGAAUUCAGUUUGGAAUAAGUAGAGCUAAAGGAAGGGAUCAGUAAAAUGACCUAAAGCAGCAUCUGAACCAGAAAGUCUGUUGAGAGCUGGGAUCAAUAGGGAAGACCCAGACUCCUUCCUGAAGUCAGCGCGUCUCCAGCGCCUGCCCUCGUCCUCAUCAGAGAUGGGAAGCCAGGAUGUGUCCCCUCUCCGGGAGACCAGCAAGGACCCUUUUUCCGGAGACUGCAGCUGCCGACAGGAUGGGCUGACUGUCAUCAUCACUGCCUGCCUGACCUUUGCCACCGGGGUCACGGUGGCCCUGAUCAUGCAGAUCUAUUUUGGAGACCCUCAGAUCUUCCACCACGGUGCUGUGGUCACAGACGCUGCCUGCUGCACGGCGCUGGGCAUAGAGGUGCUCAACAAGCAGGGCUCCUCCGUAGAUGCAGCCAUCGCCUCAGCCCUCUGCGCGGGAAUCGUCAACCCCCACACAUCAGGGAUUGGCGGGGGUGGGGUGAUGCUGGUCCACGACAUCCGGAAGAACAGGAGCUGGGUGAUCGACUUCCGUGAGGUGGCUCCUCUGGGCAUCCCACUGGAGGGGGACCUGCAGAAGGACACCAAGCCAGGUCUGCUCGUGGGGGUGCCAGGCAUGAUACAGGGAAUGCAGCAGGCGCACCAGUUACACGGGAGACUCCCAUGGUCUGAGCUGCUGGGCCUCGUGGCCAGUGUUGCCCAGGAUGGGUUUAAUGUCACACACGAUUUGGCCAAAGCCAUAAGUGAACUGAAGGACCUGAACUACUCUGACAAAUUUCGGGAGAUCUUCCUACCAGAUGGCCGGCCCUUGCUGCCUGGCAUGUUCGUCAGGCGCCUGGACCUCGCAGCUGUCCUGGAGCUGGUGGGGGCAGAAGGGUCGUCAGCUUUCUACCGUGGAAACUUAACCCAGGAGAUAAUCUCCGAGGUCCACAACUAUGGAGGAGUCUUGGUGGAGGAAGACUUCAGCAAUUAUAGUGUCACGGUGGAGAAUCCUGUGCACACAGUCUAUCGAGGUCAUCUUGUUUUCAGUCCCCCACCUCCACAUGCAGGUCCUGCACUGAUCACAGCCCUGAACAUCCUCGAGGGCUUUAACAUCACAAAUCAAGUAUCCAGGGGGAAUAUCUUGCACUGGAUAGCAGAGACAUUGAAAAUAGCCCUGAGUCUAGCUAGCAACCUGGGAGACCCGUCUGAUGAUGUGUCCGUCACUCACAUAGCAGAAGGCAUGGUGAGUAAAUCAGAAGCUAAUUCCCUGCGCCAGCUGAUUAAUGACUCCCAGUCCUUCUCAUCUGAUCUCCGUGUGCCUCACUUCUCAGUGGAGAGUGGACCCGCUGCUAGCCAGGUCCUUGUCAUGGGACCUGAUGACUUCAUUGUUGCAGUUGUAAGUUCUUUGAAUCGUCCCUUUGGCAGUGGAAUAAUAACACCCUCUGGAGUCCUCCUGAACAGCCAGAUGUUGGACUUCUCCUGGCAAAAUAAAACAAUGAACCACUCAAUUCCCAGGCUGCAAAAUCUCAUUCAGCCUCGGAGACGGCCCCUGUCUUUCCUGUUGCCCACCAUUGUGAGACCAUCCGAGGGGAUGUGUGGGACAUACCUGUGUCUGGGAGCUAACAAUGGGGACAGAGCCUUGAGCAGCAUUGUGCAGGUUUUGGUAAAUGUUUUAACAUUAAACAAGAAUCUGAGUGAAAGUUUGUCACUUGGUCGACUUCACCCACAGCUUGAGUCCAACACCUUGCAAGUUGACAGUGAGUUCCCUGAAGAAGAUGUUGAAUUUCUUGUAGCCAGGGGCCAUCAAGUGGAUAAAGUCAAAGUGGUCUCCUUAGUUCACGGGGCCAGGAGAACCAACAGUUUUGUCAUUGGCCUGAAGGACCCCAGGAGCGUGGAUGCUGCUGGAGCCACAAUAUUGUAGCGCCUCCCGGAUGACGUGUUCACUGAACCAGGCUUAGACAAAUCGACCCAAGUAACAUGCAUGUUCUGAAACAGCUCCUUCUCCAUCCCCCGGGCGGGAGCUCCACAUAUACACUGCUGAGUAGCCUUUCUGCAUUCCCCACUCGGGAUGACACCAGAGGGGUUAACAGCGCCAGUAUACAGCUCUCUGAUUUUUUUUGUUUCAUUUUUAAACUAUUUGAAUUGCAAGCAGCCUGGUCCUUGUUACAGGAAUGCAGGGAGCACACUUUUCUUUUGGCAGAGGUUUGCUAAUAAUUUCAGUCUUUCAGAAGCCCAGUUCUAGCCAGCAUCCUAAUUUUAGUGAGCAGGAACAUUAGCAAAGGAAAAAACAGCUGCUGCUGCUGGUCAUCUUCAUCUCCCUGUCAUUCCCAAACUCAUUCUUUGCCUCUUGUGUGAGCCAAUAAUUCAUGCAGCCUAAUGUAGUGUUUGUAGGUGCCUGUAGCUGGAAUAUCGGGGAGUCCUUUAAUACUCUGUAUGGGCCAGCUGAUGUUUAGCAGCAUGCAGCCUCCUGGGCUAGUUCCUUUUCUCACAUCACUGCAUACCUUGAAUUUCGGGAGUAAAUAUUUUGAGUCAAGUUGCUGCGCAGUCUGAUUUUGUAAAUGGAGCAACAGUUUUUAACUUCUAACAACUUGUGGACCCCCCAAUAGUUUUCCUACAGAGCAUCCUCCAUGGUGAAUUUAAGUUUAGUGGUAAUGGGCUUAAUUUUCUUAGAUGUUUUUUGGAGAUAUCUUAGUAGUACUCCGCAGACUCGUAAAAAUCCACAGACUAUGGACUGAAAACCACAUCGAGAGCGUUUGGGUAGGUUCAGGGCUUUCCUUACACUGCCUUAUCUCAGCCUGCUCUGAAAGCCUGAGUCGUGUAAUCCCUACAGAGAGGCUUGGGAUUUUCUGCUUACUAAAUUCAUGCGGGUCCUUCAGCUCCGUAUUUUAAUAGGGGCGGCUCUACUGGAAAAGCUGAAGAGAGUGAAAGAAGAGCUACAAAGUGAACCAAACACUACUGAGAUAGUUUUCUGUCUGCAGCAUGUAGUGCAAAAUACAAGAACACUUCUGCAUUUCUUGUCUGAAAUAAUGAAGAAAGAGAAUACCACAUCUGACAGCUGCACCGCUUCAUUCAAUCCAUGUUUGGACAUUUCCUUCUUUUUUUUACUAACAAGUUAGAGAUACCUGGCACUAAAAAAAUCUGGAAUUUGAUAAUUUUCUCCUGUUUAAAAUUUGAUUAUUUCUUUCAUGAUGCAAAUGCAUCUAUGGCCACUGUACAUAUUAUAUAUGUAUGCCUGCUUAUGGUUGUCUUGGUCUUUCAUUUGAUGAUUACACCAGUCACCCUCUGACGCUCCUUGCCAUUUGACACAGGGAGCGUGCGGGUCAUUUUGGGGCAGUCGGGGUGCUAUAGCAGAUAAUUGGACUAAUUGUUCCUACCACCUGCCAGCUGAGGAUCUCAAAGCAUUUACGUGAAGCCUUGCAGACUGCACCGAGGAAGGACAGAGAUGCUUUUAUGCUCCGCUGAAGCACAGCCACCCAGGAGAAGAGCAGGGCAGCUACCUGGCAGAUGGGAGCAUCAGUGGUAUUGUCUAUUACAAAUGCGUCAGCUGAGAGACGGGGGAGGUACAACGUUGUCUUUGAGAAGCUGUCUUCUGUGCCACCAUACUGCCUGCAGGGCAAGAAGAGACCUUCACCAUAGGGAUGUAAAGUCUAUUUAUUAUUUAUUUUUCUGUCAUCAGCGCUAGAGUUGGUCACUUUCCAGAGUCAGAGCAUUCAUAAAAUGUUACAUGUCUUGGAGCAGACCUUUUCAGGAAGGGAAUGAUGCAGUUCUGUGCAUUGGAUCUCACUGGUGGAAAUCUGGGACUUCCUGGUGUGGGACAGCAUUGAUCCAUCCCUUGGGCACAGAGGUUUACUGUGCAGAGCUGCAAAGUAAGUGGUCAAGCCAUUGUCACUUCAGUACUUUGCAUGGAAUAUCACAAAACACUUUGAAAGAUAAAAUUACUCCUUAUUAACUGAAUUCACCGACUCACUUCUGAUGCUGGAGACUGCAUUCAUUUGGGAGUUAAAGACUGGGUUUGAUUCGAAAGGGCACCUACAUGCCCCAAGGUACAAUUCCACAGCAGUUAUUCAGAAUCUUAAAAUAAAGCAUGUUCCUAAGUGC